CCACCCUGCAGGCGCCCCGCGCUGGUAAUGUAACGGCAGGCAGGGUACAGGUUGCAGGCGCGGCCCACUGGCUAGCCUUCCUCCUACAGAUCCACACACUUUCGAAACAUGGGGGAGCCACCACCCAACGCCGACCCCUCAUCCCAAAGCCGGAAGACUUCUCAAAGCUCAGAGAGGGGACGCAGUCGAGAGUCCUCGCAGCCUCUCUUGCCCGUCCCAGAGGACGGGCCUCGCCGAACUCUGGACGACGUGCUGCGCAGACCUCCGCAGCGGGGUAGUCGGGGCAGUCGGGGUAGUCAGGGCAGUCAGGACCUGCAGGCGACUGGCCUGCCUCACUGGCCACAGAGGACCAGCAUCACCUCAGAUAACCAAGGCGAGGAAGACAUGGAGUACAACCGGUCCAUGAGCUUAGGCUACCCACCAGGCUUUCCCCUGGAGUUCUCGCCACAGGCUUUCCUGGAUGAGAACAGAAUGAUGCAGCAGUUCCCUCAGGGACAGGGCCUCUUAGAACAACUGGAGGAUCCGGGCGCCGGCAUCCUGGGCCAGCUCAACAUGUACCCACAAGAGGACCAGUUGAUGGGCCAGGCCGUGCAGCACGGGCCGUACCUGAGGGACGACCCCACUCUCCACUCAGGGCCCUCUGACCUGGGCUUCAUGCCCUUCGUCGGAGAGGUACCUGACCCCGAGCCCCGCGAGCUGGCAGUGCAGAACGCCAAGGCCUACCUGCUGCAGACCAGCGUGAACUGCAGCCUCAGCCUGUAUGAGCACCUGGUGAACCUGCUGACCAAGAUCCUGAACCAGCGGCCCGAGGACCCCUUGUCCAUCCUGGAGACUCUGAACCGCAACACGCAGUGGGAAUGGUUCCACCCCAAGCUGGACACGCUGCGGGACGAUCCUGAGAUGCAGCCCACCUACGAGAUGGCCGAGAAGCAAAAGGCCCUGUUCGGCAGGGGUGGAGGAGAAGGCGAACAGGAAAUGGAAGAGGAGGUGACGGACAGCCCGGUGCCCAACAUCAUGGAGAUGGCCUUCUACUUCGAGCAGGCGGGCGUGGGGCUGAGCUCGGACGAAAGUUUCCGAAUCUUCAUGGCCCUGAGGCAGCUGGUGGAGCAGCAACCCAUCCACACGUGCCGCUUCUGGGGCAAGAUCCUGGGUCUGAGCCGCAGCUACCUGGUGGCCGAGGUGGAGUUCCGCGAGGGCGAGGAGGAGGGCGAGGAGGAGGAGGUGGAGGAGCUGAUCGAGGGGGGCGAGGUCCUGGAGGCGCACGGUGAGGAGGAGGGCGAGGAGGAUGAGGAGAAGGUAGUGGAUGCAGUGCCCAAGCCGCAGUGGAAGCCGCCGCCCGUCAUCCCCAAGGAGGAGAGCCGCACCGGCGCCAACAAGUACCUGUACUUCGUGUGCAACGAGCCGGGCCGCCCGUGGACGCGCCUGCCGCACGUGACGCCCGCGCAGAUCGUGAGCGCGCGCAAGAUCAAGAAGUUCUUCACCGGCUUCCUGGACACGCCGGUCGUCAGCUACCCUCCCUUCCCGGGCAACGAGGCCAACUACCUGCGCGCACAAAUUGCGCGCAUCUCGGCCGCCACGCACAUCAGCCCGCUGGGCUUCUACCAGUUCGGCGAGGAGGAGGGCGAUGAGGAGGAGGAGGGCGGCGCGGGGCGCGACUCGUUCGAGGAGAACCCCGAUUUUGAAGGCAUCCCAGUGCUGGAGCUCGUGGACUCCAUGGCCAACUGGGUACAUCACACGCAGCACAUCCUGCCUCAGUUCCGUCUCUUCGCCCAUGUGGUAAAGCGGGGCUGGGGGACCCCUGACCCCGCUUCCCUUGUCCUUCUCACCACAGAAAUCAUGCACCUGGCGCCCUGGACCACCCGCAUCUCCUGCAGCCUCAGUCCGCAGUACUCGGUGGCCAUCGUGCGCUCCAACCUCUGGCCAGGGGCCUACGCCUACGCCAUUGGCAAGAAGUUUGAGAACCUCUACAUUGGCUGGGGUCACAAAUACAGCCCUGAGAACUUCAACCCAUCCCUGCCAGCUCCGAUUCAGCAGGAGUACCCCAGCGGCCCUGAGAUCAUGGAGAUGAGUGACCCCACGGUGGAGGAGGAGCAGGCCCUGAAGGCUGCACAGGAGCAGGCCCUGGCAGCCGCUGAGGAAGAGGAAGAGGAUGAGGAGGAGGAGGAGGAUGAAGACCUGGAGGACUGAGGUCACCAAGCUCUUUUCCACAGCCUUUCCCUUUAGUGGUAGUUACAGAUUGUAUUUUUUUCUGUUGCUUUUGUUCUCUGCCCUUGCAGGACACGGGUAGGAAGGCACACAAUGCUCCAAAUAAACCCCACAGCACAGCCGCUGAGUUACAUUCAUUCAUCA